GAGCUCGAGACUUGUGCGUGGUGCGUUUGCGCGCUGUGCAGCUGUCGCAUCGAUCAUCUACUGACGCUGCCGAGGUCCGAAAGACAAUCAGGCAUAGCCGUGCGCAGCUCACUGCGAAAACGCUACGCAAAACCGUGCUCUACAGCCUGCACGAGGCUGCACGAGGCUGCUGACCUGUACGCCGUCGACGCGCGCUCUGUACAGCUGACCAGCUCAUCCCGCCUGAGUUCACAGCACGGCGCACACCCGGUGACUCCUACGCCAUCGACGACGCAUCAUGGAGCUCACCCACGUCUUCGGCUUAGCGUCCAUUGUCUUCUUACUAGCAGCUAUUUACGUGCUCCGAAGCGGCGACAAGGACGAACAACCAGUAAUAAAAAAGCGAGUCAAGAGAGAAGCCCCCAACGGCCGCGUCCAUAUCUACUUCGGCUCUCAAACGGGCACCGCCGAAGGCUACGCCAAGACCAUCGCGGACGAAGCGAAUAGAAGAGGUUUUGAUGCCGAGGUCAUCGACCUGGAAGAUUUUGAUGAUGACCACAUGACGGCGCCGCUCCAGCUCUUCGCCAUGGCGACCUAUGGGGAAGGCGAGCCGACGGACAACGCGCAUCAGUUCGUGGACUGGCUCAAGGCGUCGAAGGAUUCGGGGAUUUUGGAUGGCAAAAGAUUCGCGGUCUUUGGCCUCGGAAACAGGCAAUAUCAACAUUUCAAUUCCAUGGGCAAACUCACAGAUAAAUAUCUGGAGAAGGCCGGCGCGGAGCGCGUGCUGGAGGUGGGUCUUGGUGAUGAUGAUGCUGACCUCGAAGCUGAUUUCGAUCAAUGGCGGGAGAACCUCUGGUCGACCUUGGGAGUCGUGGAAGAGUCGGGAGACGUCCAGGCCUCCCUGAGAGUGGUGUACGGUACUACUCCGACAAAGCCGCUGCAGUCGUCGACGCAGUUUUACGGGAGCAAAGCCACGUUCACCGUAACAGCUAAAAGAGAAUUGAGGACACCUAAGGACGGCGGCUCGACGAUCCACGUCGAGUUCGCGACCGAGGCUCCGUACGAGACGGCCGAUAAUUUGAGUAUCUUACCUCGCAAUUGUAGUGAAGACGUCUCGAUGGUUGUGGACGCGUUGAGGCUCGGCGGGUCAAAACAGUUCUCGCUCGACACGGACGAGGACCGGGUCCCCUUCCCGUCGCCAGUUGCUAUUCACGACGCGCUGGCGCAGUACUGCGACCUGACGGCCUUUCCGAAGCGCGGCACUGUUGCCGCUCUCGUGCGAGCUGCUAUCCAAGCGGGCGCUUCACCAAGUGAUGCCCCGCCUUCUAUAGACCAGAAAGAUGUCUUUGGGAAGUGGGCCAAGGACGCGCCUACUUUAGCAAGGGCCGUGGCGAAGCUCAAGCCGUUAUUUUCUUCCGUCGAGGACACGACUUCCGUCUUCGCCACGCUCCUAGAAAAAGGGCCUAGGUUACAGCCCAGAGCCUACACGAUCUGCUCCUCGUCGAAGGCCGAUGCGGAGUUGCAUGUCGUUUGUGCCAUCGCCGAACUGCCGCAUAAGCAGAGAGGCGUCUGUAGCGCUUAUUUGGCCGAUUUACAAGUAGGCGACGUGGUACGAGGCGUCGUGAAGCCCUCGGCCUUCCGGGCGCCCAUCACGAAGGCGCCCGUCGUGUUGAUUGGGCCUGGUACUGGUAUUGCACCCUUCAGAGCUGUUCUGAGGGAGCGCGCCGCGGCGCUCAAGGGUAACGGAGCAUCGGGCGCCCCGUGGGGCCCCGCUCGCGUGUCCUCGGCCAUCCUCUACUUCGGUUGUAAAAGGAGAGACGAGGACCACUUAUAUAGGGACGAGAUGAGCGACUGGGACUGUACGUUACACCUCGCGUACUCUCGAGAGCAAAAACAUAAGGUGUAUGUGCAGGAUUUGAUGCGGAAGAAGAACAACAGUGAGGCGUUAGCUUCGGCCAUUAUUGAUGGCGGCGGCUCGGUCUAUGUCUGUGGUGGGACGAGCAUGGGAAGUGCCGUGCUGGAGGCCGUGAAAGACGCGCUGGAGGCGCGGCUGAAGGAUCGGGCGCAGGCGGAGAAGUACGUGCAAUCAAUGCAUGACGGAGGCAGAUAUGUGCAGGAGCUGUGGUCCUAGGAGUUUGCAUCGGAAUAACAGC